AUGGGAAAGUGGGUGUUAAUUGCAGUUUUUCUGGAAAAUCUAGUCAACGCCUACUACAAAAAGCUGCUUCAUUUCCAGGUGGAUCCGAUAAACUGUGACUGUAAAUCGCCGCCCAAUGAGCAAUGCACAGCAAAUGCGUGUUUUGCAAAAGUAGAGCUGUUCGCCGACGAGGCAACCGCCAUUGUUCAGAAAGGUUGCAUAUCGGAUUUCCCGGCUGGUCAGAGAGGUUGUCAAUAUGCGAGCAACAAGGACACGAUACAUUGCUUCUGUGAUCAGGAUCAGUGUAAUACGCGACAUAAGUUGGGCAGCUACAUUCCGGAGCAUCUUCCGCUGGUCAAAUGUUGCGAUUACACUUCCCGUCAUGGUGAGGAUUCCGAUUCGGAGUGUUCAAAGCCGUGUACAGGGAAUUAUUGUGUUGUGGAUUUUGAUGGGAAAGAACAGGGCUGUGGAGUGGGCUAUCCAAGACUGCCAUCAUUUCUUCGUGUCGAUGAUUAUAUGGAUUAUGAAGGAGACUACUUGUGUACCAGAUACGAAUCGAGCGCGUCGAACGUGAUGAAUGGUUGCGUGUGCACACACCCAUCUGGCAUGUGCAAUGAGUUCAAUAAAACCUUCAAUUACCAGAAGAAACACGUGAUUGAAAGGAAGAAUGAGAAUUUGCACUAUUGCUAUGCACUGAUGCACAAAGCGUACAAACCGUUUGGACAGGAAGUUUUCAAGAAAUCAUCAACCUGUGAAGGACACUACUGUUUCAUUUCCCUGACUACAUCUGAGAUAGUGCUAGAAAGUGCAGAUUUCAAACACAACUAUGAGGACCAUGACGAGUUUGUUGGAGCCGCUAGACCCCGUUUUGAGCUACAAGCCGGUUGUGUUAAAGUUAAUGGAGAGGAUAAAGUCCAAACCGGAUGUACGGUAGAAACACAAGGCAACAACUCGGAAAUUCUAGCCAAACAUUGUAUAUGCGACAGUCAUCUUUGCAAUUUUCAUCAUUUGGUUCGAGGGACAGAGGAUCCGAGGCCGAAGGCGGUAGUGCCAGGAUUGAAGCAGACGACGAGCCAGUUGAAUCCAGUUCGGUUGUACACAACGAAUAAGGAAAUAGAUGAGAAUGAUAUACUUUCCGUGAUGAAUGGAGUGGGAAAUUUCUGGAAACUCGGCGCUUUUCUGUUGACGCUUUUGAUUUGUGUUUAG